AUGGACGGCUUGUUUGCCUCUGGUGAGAUCGAAAAGCGGAGAUAUCUACAACUACACUUCGGGCGAGAAAAUUCAAGGCGUGGCCUUGGGAGGUUGGUUGGUUCUAGAGCCUUACAUAACGCCAACAUUAUUCAACAAUUCAUUGAAAAAGGGCGAGGGCGACUCAAAAAUUCCUGUUGA